UAAGAAGACGAAGAAGAAGGCGACCAUGUUGAUUUUAAGGCAAAACACAAUAGACGCGAUUUAUUUCAAGCACAGUUCAGCUAUUAAAGCCCAUUGCGACAUCGUGACUUGAAACCAACGUGAAAUUGACGUCCGUCUUGUGAAAUAUCGAAGAGCGCAGGUGGCACAUUUGAGUUGUUGGCAAGAUUGAGUGGAAAGCACCAGUGAUCACAGUCUCACUCCCACUAGUGACACGCCGACCUCCCAACCUCAACCAGCUGAAGCAGUUAAGAAACUGCGGACUAAAAGGGGUGGAAAAGCUUUUCUGGCUUUGGACUCGAUCCCCUCUUGUAUUUGUGAUACCCAUCAAGUGAAACUCAACGGAAGAACAUGUAAUUUUUUGGGAAGGACUUGUACAAAAUUGGACAUCUUAUUUUCCCAAGAAGGACGAUACUGAGUUAAUACUGUGGACUAAAAAAAAAAAGUCAAGGAAAUACUGUUAAACAGAAGAUUAUAUUGAAGAACCUAUUCCUACAGUACAGAGUUUGCCUUAGUUGUUCUAUUUCAGGACUUGCGCCACAUUUUAUACUUGUUCACAUAUAAUUUUCUAUAUUGUGAGCAAGUAUAUUCAUGCAUAUGAAUGCAAAUUUCUCUUCAUUUUGAAGAGUUUCUCGUGUAUAAAGUUGUGUUUUGUGUUUCUUGUACGUCAGUCGCUCUUUUUUAAGGGGACCGAGCUGCACGUACGCGCGUGUUUGUGUGUGUGUGUGUGUGUGUGUGUAUAUAUAUAUGUAAAUAUUACCAGUUGACUGCUGGUUUAAAAGCUGUCAGCUUAAUCGAAUAUAUUGUUUGUUGAUGCUUUAUUAAUAUUUUUUACAUUUUUGAAGAUAAUUUUUUUAGUAAAAACAAACUUGAGGAAAGAUUGUUUGGGGGAAAAAACAAAAAAAACAAGCAAAGAAAAUAAAGGGCGGAGAAAUGGCAGCGCCGAGAACAGAAAACGUUGGCCCACUUGUGAUGGGACUGAACAAGCAGAACGGGCAGCUCAGAGGACAGACCAAACCAGCUUCAGUCCAGCCAGGACCCGCAACUCAAGCGAAGGGGCUGGGAGCUCUCCAGAAACCAGGCGGUGCGUCUCAAGAAGGUGGAGGUAUUAAAUUUGGGGACGACUGGAAAAAAAGCCUACAGCUCCCUCCCAAAGACAACAGGGUCAAAACCUCAGACGUGACCAGCACUAAGGGGAAUGAAUUUGAGGAUUACUGUCUGAAACGGGAACUUCUGAUGGGCAUUUUUGAGAUGGGCUGGGAGAAGCCAUCUCCAGUGCAGGAGGAAAGUAUUCCCAUUGCCCUGUCUGGAAGGGAUAUUUUGGCUCGGGCCAAGAAUGGAACCGGGAAAAGCGGAGCCUAUCUCAUCCCAAUGCUGGAAAGGAUAGACCUCAAAAAGGACCACAUACAAGCAAUGGUAGUCGUGCCUACUCGAGAGUUGGCACUGCAGGUGAGCCAGAUCAGCAUUCAGAUCAGCAAACAUAUGGGAGGAGUCAAAGUCAUGGCCACCACCGGGGGAACCAACCUACGAGAUGACAUCAUGCGCCUGGAUGAGACUGUGCACGUGGUCAUUGCCACACCUGGUAGGAUUCUGGAUUUGAUAAAGAAAGGUGUGGCAAAGGUGGAUAAAGUCCAAAUGAUGGUGAUGGAUGAGGCUGAUAAACUGCUGUCUCAGGAUUUUGUGGUGCUCAUCGAGGAUAUCAUUAGCUUCCUGGCCAGGCAGAGGCAGAUCCUGCUCUACUCGGCAACCUUCCCCAUCAGCGUGCAAAAAUUCAUGGCCAAGCACCUGCAGAAACCAUACGAGAUCAAUCUGAUGGAGGAGCUGACUCUGAAGGGCAUUACUCAGUAUUAUGCCUACGUCACAGAGAGACAGAAAGUGCACUGCCUCAACACACUCUUCUCCAGGCUUCAAAUCAACCAGUCGAUCAUCUUCUGUAACUCCACACAGCGGGUAGAGCUCUUAGCCAAGAAGAUCACGCAGCUGGGCUACUCGUGUUUCUACAUUCAUGCAAAGAUGAUGCAGGAAUAUAGAAACCGUGUGUUCCAUGACUUCAGGAAUGGACUGUGCAGGAAUCUGGUCUGCACUGAUCUCUUCACAAGAGGUAUAGACAUUCAGGCCGUCAAUGUGGUCAUCAACUUUGACUUCCCCAAGAAUGCAGAGACAUACCUCCAUCGUAUUGGACGAUCAGGGAGGUUCGGUCACUUGGGUUUGGCCAUCAACUUGAUCACGUCCGAAGACCGCUUCAACCUGAAGACCAUCGAAGACCAACUGGUGACCGACAUCAAGCCCAUUCCCGGCAGCAUCGACAAGAGCCUCUACGUGGCAGAGUUCCAUUCAUCCGGCGCCGACUGCGAGGUGGAGGAAGUCCUGGAGAAAUCGGGACGCCCACAGGACAGCGCCUAAAUCUGGACUUGCAGGACUCCAUAGGCUUUUGCACACUUCAGGCACCUCUUCAACAUUACACUUGUUUUCAAAGCCUGCUAAAUUGUGACAGAGGCUUUUUUGUUUUGUUUUUUGUUUUCAUUUGUUUGAAAUUGUUUCUGCCUUUUCAUCAAAGAACUGCGUGACGGAAAAGUGAACUAUCUCGAUUUGCAUCCACUCCACACUGAGAUUGUUGCAAGAACAAAGUUCUCAGUGAGCUUUGCAACGUACAAUACCGUCAAAUCUGUUCUGAACCUGUCGUCCUUAGAGGCCGACAAGCGUCUCUUUUAAGUAUCAGAACACCAGCCAUCUUUCAGUACACUGUUACCACUUAAGUGCCUUACAUCCUCCCAUUCAUCCUCUCAUAGCCUGUCGCGCAAAUGAAUGAAAUAAUAGCUCAUUAACUCCCAACACAUCCAUUAUGCAACAGUAUCUUUCUGUGAGAUGUGUCAAGAAAACCUUCAAAUGUUAUUUAAUGUGAAUGUUGCAAUAAAAACGGCAGCUUUACUUAAAUAGUGCGCGACUGUUUUAACCCAUUUAGAAUGAAUUAAUAAAGACGCAGAAGGGGACUCAUGCAACCCUGCAGAAAUCAGUUCAGUUUCAUAGCGGCCUUAUGCUGUUCCUUUGUACUCUUACACAUCCAGAAAGGAGAAAAAUCUCGUAUCCAAAACAUAGGGAAUGGUUCAAAACAGUCUUGAUUACGGAAUAAUGGUAAUGGUGUUGAUAAGCUAAACAGGAUAAUGAGAAGUGGUGGUGCAAAGCGGUAGUUCACCUUUCUGUUAGGUUCUUUCUCCCACAUGUUUAUGCUUUCCAUUUGCAAUAUGGACACUUAAGAUUUUGUUAUCUGCAAAUCUAAAGAUGUUUUUUUUUUUAGUCCCCACCUUGACAAACUGAAAUAGGUGAAUGUACAGUACAGGCCCAAAAUUUGGACACACCUUCUCAUUUCAAUGCGUUUUCCUUAUUUUUAUGACUAUUUACAUUGUAGAUUGUCACUUGAAGGCAUCGAAACUAUGACACCUGUGAAGUGAAAACCAUCACCUCUUGAAGCUCAUAUAGAGAAUGCCAAGAGUGCGCGAAAAAGUAAUCCGAGCAAAGGGUAGCUAUUAUGAAGAAACUUGAAUAUGAAACAGGUUUUUGGUUAUUUCACCUUUUUUUGUUAAGUACAUAACUCCACAUGUGUUCAGUCAUAGUUUUGAUGCCUUCAGUGACAAUCUACAAUGUAAAUACUGUAUUUUUCGGAGUAUAAGUCGCACCUGCCGAAAAUGCAUAAUACAAAAGGAAAAAAACAUAUAUAAGUCGCACUGGAGCCCGGCCAAACUAUGAAAAAAAACUGCGACUUAUAGUCCGAAAAAUACGGUAGUCAUGAAAAUAAAGAAAAGUAAUUGAAUGAGGAGAAGGUGUGUCCAAACUUUUGGCCUGUACUGUCUAUGGCGCCAACCAAGGGCCUACGCAUAUCAUUAGACAGCACUUGUGUUGAAGUAUGUGCUUUGCUUCGGUUCCAUCUAUUGCAGGCUAAAUAUGUUUUUUUUUAGUCCCCUCCUUGACAAACUGAAAUAGGUGAAUGUACAGUACAGGCCCAAAGUUUAGACACACCUUCUCAUUUCAAUGGGUUUUCCUUAUUUUUAUGACUAUUUACAUUGUAGAUUGUCACUUGAAGGCAUCAAAACUAUGACACCUGUGAAGUGAAAACCAUUUCAGGUGACUACCUCUUGAAGCUCAUAUAGAGAAUGCCAAGAGUGGGCGAAAAAGUAAUCCGAGCAAAGGGUAGCUAUUUUGAAGAAACUAGAAUAUGAAACAUGUUUUCGGUUAUUUCACCUUUUUUUGUUUAAGUACAUAACUCCACGUGUGUUCAUUCAUAGUUUUGAUGCCUUCAGUGACAAUCUACAAUGUAAAUUAGUCAUGAAAAUAAAGAGAACUAGUUGUAUGAGGAGAAGGUGUGUCCAGGCCAAAAGUUUGGACACACCAUCUCAUUUCAAUGCGUUUUCCGUAUUUUUAUGACUAUUUACAUUGUAGAUUGUCACUUGAAGGCAUCAAAACUAUGACACCUGUGAAGUGAAAACCAUUUCAGGUGACUACCUCUUGAAGCUCAUAUAGAGAAUGCCAAGAGUGGGCGAAAAAGUAAUCAGAGCAAACGGUGGCUAUUUUGAAGAAACUAGAAUAUGAAACAUGUUUUCGGUUAUUUCACCUUUUUUUGUUUAAGUGCAUAACUCCACAUGUGUUCAUUCAUAGUUUUGAUGUGACAAUCUACAAUGUAAAUAGUCAUGAAAAUAAAGAAAAGUAAUUGAAUGAGGAGAAGGUGUGUCCAAACUGUACUGUCUAUGGCGCCAACCAAGGGCCUACGCAUAUCAUUAGACAGCACUUGUGUUGAAAUAUGUGCUUUGCUUCGGUUCCAUCUAUUGCAGGCUAAAUAUGUUUUUUUUUAGUCCCCACCUUGACAAACUGAAAUAGGUGAAUGUACAGUACAGGCCCAAAGUUUAGACACACCUUCUCAUUUCAAUGGGUUUUCCUUAUUUUUAUGACUAUUUACAUUGUAGAUUGUCACUUGAAGGCAUCACAACUAUGACACCUGUGAAGUGAAAACCAUCACCUCUUGAAGCUCAUAUAGAGAAUGCCAAGAGUGGGCGAAAAAGUAAUCCGAGCAAAGGGUAGCUAUUUUGAAGAAACUAGAAUAUGAAACAUGUUUUCGGUUAUUUCACCUUUUUUUGUUAAGUACAUAACUCCACAUGUGUUCAUUCAUAGUUUUGAUGUGACAAUCUACAAUGUAAAUAGUCAUGAAAAUAAAGAGAACUAGUUGUAUGAGGAGAAAGUGUGUCCAGGCCAAAAGUUUGGACACACCUUCUCAUUUCAAUGUGUUUUCCGUAUUUUUAUGACUAUUUACAUUGUAGAUUGUCACUUGAAGGCAUCGAAACUAUGACACCUGUGAAGUGAAAACCAUCACCUCUUGAAGCUCAUAUAGAGAAUGCCAAGAGUGGUCGAAAAAGUAAUCCGAGCAAACGGUGGCUAUUUUGAAGAAACUAGAAUAUGAAACAUGUUUUCAGUUAUUUCACCUUUUUUUGUUGAAUACAUAACUCCACAUGUGUUCAGUCAUAGUUUUGAUGCCUUCAGUGACAAUCUACAAUGUAAAUAGUCAUGAAAAUAAAGAGAACUAAUUGAAAGAGGAGAAGGUGUGUCCAAACUGUACUGUCUAUGGCGCCAACCAAGCACCUACGCAUAUCAUUAGACAGCACUUGUGUUGAAAUAUGUGCUUUGCUUGGGUUCCAUCUAUUGCAGGCUCCCGUUUAAGUUUCUGCAGCUGCACCAAUAUCUUUUAUUUUUUAUUUUUAUCUUUGCUAAGAAGGAGAGGAUUAUGUGUCUAAUGAAGAGUGGGCGGGUCGCUGGAUUUGAAAGCAAAAUUGUAGCAUCUUUGAAGAGGCAGCUGUGACUUUCUUUAGUUUUUUUUUUUUGUUUGUUUUUUUGGUCCUCCCUCAACCAAGACAAAAAAACGUACUCCAAAAAUUAUAAUUUUUGUUUUUUUCUCAACUUUUUUUUUUUUUUGAGGUUUCUUUCAGCUGUGAGGACUUAAGCACUGGAUUUGGGUGGGUUAGUACUUAAAAAUGUCCAGCAAAAUGAUGGACCGACUGAUUUGACCAUUGAAAGGUACAAAUUAUAUUCAAUGCUCUUUUUAAAAAAAUGGCCAUUCAAAAGUAUAAAUUAUAUUAAAUGUUUUUUUUUUAAUAUGGAGCAAAUGCUAAAUUACUAAAAAAAAGCAUUUAAGAUCUAUAAUCCUUUAACCUAUUCAGGUGAUGGAUGGUACUUUUUGUUUACAAUUAAAACAACAACUUUGGUUCGGGUACCUGGGAAUAGGAAGGUUUUUUUGUUGUUGAAAUAAAUUUUCAGGAAUUACACUGAAGCAAAACCAAAAAAAAGUGGAAACUGAGGAGUUUGGUGUCUGUCGUGAGAGUGAGUGAGUGACUUUUUGUGUCCAAUCACGUUUGUAUGCGUCUUCCAACUACACUGGACUGACUGUACUACCUUGCAAUACAACCUGCGUGGUUAGAAAUAUUUAAAAAAUAAUAAGAGUCAGUCCUUGUGUCAGUUUGAGGUUGCAUGGAAAUGUAACAGUCUGUUCCCCCCCCCCCCGCCCCCCCCCCCCCCCUCAUUUGAUGACACAAUGUCUUAAAUCUGAAUGAGUCGUUUUUCCAUUUGCUCGGGUGACUCCCAUCCUCCAACUCCAUAGCAAACGUCUCAUUCCCAAACAUUUGUUUUCAUUCCACGAUCUCCACUGUGACCCGCAGACUUUCUCCCAAAGGGCCUUUUUAUAUACAGGUUUUUUAUUUUAACAUAAUCGAAAGCCGGGUAACUUAUUUUGUUUAAUUGAAUCUGUUUUGCCGCCUCCUUAAUGAUUAAGAUAAACUCGUAACCUAGCCGGUGGUCACAAUGGAGAUCACACUGAAUGGCGGUAUGAAUUUUGGCUAUGUUUUUUGUCAUCUGAGUUAAAAACAGUUCAUGUUUGUAUGUUUGUGUGUGUGUGUGUGUGUGUGCUUGUCCCACAGGGUCAGGCAUGCAAAAACCUGUUUAGUAAAUGGGCGGCAAAAUGACGAUUUGAUGAUUUCUGCUUCAGGUACACUUUGGUAAUGAGUGGCAAAAAGACCGAGGCUAAUAUUCCUUUCUACGGCUGAAACACUAAUGUCAAACCCAGCCACGCUUCAGAGGAAAAUUAAUUGCUCAACUCUAGAUUUGUUGUAAGCCGAGAAGACAUGUACUACUGAAGUUCCUGCAGCAAAAAUAGAAACCGGUGAAUUGAUUUUUGUGUGUUAGUCAACGUAACACACAUGGAGUGGCAACAGGAUUCUCAAUUGUCUUGACAUUGUCCGUGUUAUUUCUGUUUGAAUAAUGCAUAAGCCUGUAAAUUGGACUUUGCUCACUCAAACGAGUGAAACUAUUUAGGAAAUCUGCAACAACAACAACAACAAAAAUAAUUGGUAUUUUGUUAUUUCCUGACAAAAGUGCAUGGAGCAAUGCAAAGGCAAUUCAGAAAAGCGUUGCUCACUCCGCCCUCUACUGUUGUAAUUUGGAACUACACGCGGGGGCUGCGAAAUUCAAUAAAUUACUCAAAUAAC